UUGAGAAUAAACCCGACCCGGAACGAUUCGGCCCAUGAAACCAAGGACCCGAAUCGGGCUCAGGGGCACAAAAUCAAAGUUGAACUCUUUGAGGACUGUGAUGAAAGCUUCUUCGUCUUCCCGGCUCCGUGUCUGAUCAGGAUUGAAGUGGAUUGCUUGCAGCUGAAACCAGAGAGGAAUGGGAAGCCAAGAGACUGUGAAGCAGCUUGAGGAUUGCUCAGUUGCCAAUGCAAUGGGCACUUGGGUAUUCUCAGUGGCAGGGGCUCUACUAGCAAUUCCGGUGGGGAUAAAAAGGAAAUCUCUAGCUCCGCUUGUGUUCUUCGGCACAACAGGUACCAUGCUCGAUAUUAUUAUGGGGAUCACUCAAUGUGAAAGAGAACAUGCAGAACGCCAAGCGAAGCUAUUAGAAGCGCAAACUUGUGCAACUGAUGCUUCUUUUGCUGAGACUGGGGCAGAGUCAUAGUUUUAACUCGUAACCAUAUGGACAGUACACUCGUCUUUCGCUGCUGUCAGUUUUCUCUUCAAGUUGCUUUACUGUUUGUUUGAAUUCUGCCUUCCCUUUUUCAUGGGUUAAUAAUCACGCGAAAGUUGUUAAUGAUA